AUGACUAUAAAUACUAAUCCGUUCAUACCUGCAAAUCAUCUCGAUAACCAUGGAACCUCCGACUCAAGAACAGAGUGUCAAAGCCAAGAACCUAGAGAGCAAUGCAAAGAUUCCUGUGAACUCAGAAAGGAGAAUGAAGGAGAUGAUGAUGGAGAAGGCGAAAGAAUAAGAGUCGACGAAUCUGUUUGGCUCACCUAUGUUCAGGACGGAUCAAGAUGGAGCAAUGUAAGGAAAGGGACUUGUUGCGUUUGCUGUGACAACCACAUUGAUGCCCUCUUGUAUAGAUGUGGGCACAUGUGUACUUGCUCAAAAUGUGCGAAUGAGCUUGUAAGGACCGGAGGUAAGUGUCCGCUUUGUAGAGCACCCAUCAUGGAGGUCAUCCGGGCCUACUCCAUUUUAUAA